AUGGAAGGAACCCUCAGUGAAGUAACAAUUACUACCACCAAAAAGCGGCGGAUGGAGGAGAAGCGUGGAUUUGCAAGGGACAUGAUAUUCGAGAUAUUAACAUGGCUUCCGGCGAAAUCUCUGAUGCGAUUCAGGUGUGUUUCUAAAGCUUGGAACAGUUUCAUACGACAUGAUCCCCACUUUGUCAAGUUGCACAAUGCUCGUUCUCAAACCCGUCCUCUUGCCAGCCGCCUCUUAUUUGAAAUAGGAACACGCCAUCGUGAAGUUGUAGAAAGCACUUCCAAUUUCCCAACACAACUUGAAGGAUUCUCUUUACAGCUCGCACGUCCUCGUCAUUAUUUCGACUUUAAUGAAAUUACUAUUUGCUCAAAUCAUUACAAUGGCCUUGUUUGUUUCUAUAACCGUAAAGAUACUCAAACUUACUUGUAUAAUAUCACCACCGGUGAGAUAAAAGCUUUACCAUCUUCUCUGAGGCUUCCGAAAGGAUGGGGUCCUACGUUGUUUCUGGGAUUUGAUCAGGCCACGGAAAGAUACAAAUUGCUUCAUGUUAUUUUCUACAAGAAAAAACCAAGGAUCAAGAUUCUAACUCUAGGAACCACCUCAUGGAGAAUAAUCCGCGGAGAUCAGUAUCCCGUUUCAUGUUGUUUUCAUACAUGUAUCUUUCUCAAUGGGGUAGUUUAUUGGAUUGAGUAUCACAGGCCUGUUAUCUACUUCAACUUCACAGAAGAGAAGUUUGUAACUCUUUCGUUGCCACAAAGGAGUAGUUGGAAUACACUGAAUAAAAUGCAAACUGCACUUUGGGGAAAGUUGUCUAUCUACUGUCGCUUCCAACAUGAAAGGUGCAAUUUGGUAUAUGAUGAGGUCAACAAAAUUUUUGUGAAAUCUAACUCUACCUCCGACUUGGAGAACGAGAAGGUUGCCUUGCUUGCACCAAAAAACGUUGGUGAGAAAAUUACAGAGUGUGGAAACAUAGUUUUAGCAACAGGGAGUGUUAAUAGCGCCUCAACUUCGUUGGUAUUCCCUGAUCGUUUCAGGUUAGAUAAUGUUAGCAGUUUUGUUGAGAAUAUUAUCCCAUUAACGUUUAUUGAGGUUUAG